AUGGUUCCGCUAGUUUCAGUUUUGUCGAAUGCCGAUGUUAUCUGCUGUACUUGCAUCACGGCCGCUGAUCACCGGCUGAAUUCAUUGUCCUUCACGGGUAUGCUAAUCGACGAGUGCGGUCAAGCGGUGGAACCUGAGUGUUUGGUUCCUAUCGGUCGAGAUCCUUCGCGUUUGGUUCUCGUUGGUGAUCAAUGCCAGUUGGGUCCGAUGCGCCAAUAUCGUAUGCAUCCCGAACUGCCUAAAUUCUCCAAUCGAGUGUUCUACAACAAUCGGAUCAAAAACGGUGUGUUUGCUUUAGAUCGUGAAGCUUGUUCACGAUUUCCCUGGCCUGAUGCGAGAAAGCCAACAUUUUUCUAUGUCGUACAAGGCGAAGAAGGCAUANCGGCAGAGGACAUGUCCUGCUACAACCUGAAGGAGGCCGAAGUCGUGAAAAUCCUUGUUGAAAAGUACGUACACACAAUCUACCUGUAG